GAGCCGAAAUGCGGGUGGACGUGGGGGAGGUGCUGAACCAGCGCCGCUUCUGCAACAAGGUCUGGAACGGGACCCGCUUCGUCCUGGGGGCCCUGGGGGAGGAAUUCCGGCCCCCCCACCCUGAGCAGGUUGUUCCCAGUGACCCCAUGGAGCGCUGGGUGCUGUCCCGCCUGGCCGGGGCCGUGUCCGAGUGCAGCCGCCGCCUGGAAUCCCUGGAAUUGCACCUGGCCCUGGGGGCCGUGCAGCACUUCUGGCUCCGCAGCUUCUGCGACGUCUUCCUGGAGAGCUCCAAGGUGUCCCUGAGGACCCCGGGGGGUGCCGGGGGGUGCCCGGGGGGGGGUCCCCGGGGGGUGCUGCUGGUCUGUGCCGAGCUGGGGCUGCGGCUCCUGAGCCCCUUCGCCCCCUUCGUGGCCGAGGAGCUUUGGCAGCGCCUGCCCCGACCCCCCCCCGCGCCCCCCACCCUCUGCACGGCCCCUUUCCCCGACCCCCAGAAAACGGCCCACUGGCGCUGCCCUGAGGCUGAGGCUCAGGUGUUGGCCAUGCUGGACGUGGUGCGGGCGCUCCGGGGGCUCCACGAGACCUUCCGGCUCAGGGGGACCCGACCCCAGGUGCUGGUGAGCUGCCCGGAUCAGACCCGCCAUUGGCUGCAGGAGCUCAGCCCCACCCUCCGCGCCCUGUCGGGGGCGGGGUCCAUUCAGCUCCUCCCCCCGGGGGCGGAGCCAGGCCCGGGCUGGGCGGCGGCUCCCGCGGGGGAACAAACCUGGGCCUACCUGGACCUGCAGGGCCUUUCCGACCCCGCCCAGACCCGGGACCAGCUCCGGGCUCGGACUUUGAGGGUCCGGCGGCGCCUCCAGACCCUCGGGGGGUCCCCGGGGGGGUCCCAGCACCAGGUGUCGCUGCUGGAGGCGGAGCUUUCCCGGCUGGAACGAGCCCUGGCGGCUCUGGAGCCCCUUGGGGACCCCCCCGGGCCAAUAAACCCCCCUAAUUAACCCCC